ACUCCGGUCCCAUGGCAACAAUUUAGAACGUGAUGACGUCUUUGCCAGCGAGUAUUAUGGGCUGUCCGUGAUUACACUGGCCGAGGUUGUAGCGGAGGAAAAAAACCGUGGGGUAGAAGUAAACAUGGAGCUCUCCGCUGUCGGGGAGAGGGUUUUCGCGGCCGAAUCCAUCAUCAAGCGGCGCAUAAGAAGAGGGCGGAUGGAGUAUCUGGUGAAAUGGAAAGGCUGGUCUCAGAAGUACAGCACCUGGGAGCCAGAGGAAAAUAUUUUGGACGAGCGUCUGUUCGCUGCUUUCGAGGAGAGAGAGCGUGAAAGAGAAUUAUAUGGGCCGAAAAAGAGAGGACCCAAACCAGAAACUUUCUUACUGAAGGCAAAGGCUAAAGCAAAAGCCAAAAGUGACGAUUUCCGAAGGGAAAUGUCAAGAGAGAUUAGAGUUUCAUUCCCCGUUGCAGAACCAGUUGUAACACCUCGAGCUCGAGAAGGGCUAAGAACAGUUGUACCUACUAUCUUCCCCCCAAGUGCUGUCAACAGAGGAGAAAGUGUUCGUGUUCGAUCACCAGAGCCAGAGAGAAGAUCUCGACCUCCUGUAUCUCCAACACAUACUCUUAUCGACUCGGUUAACACACCAAAAAAGAGAGGACCAAAACCAAAGUUGCGGUUUCCUGUUAGCACCCCUAGCAGCAGCUGUUCACCCACUGAACCUGUUAAGAGAAGGGCAGAUGAACAUUUAUCAUUUAGUUCAGCUAAAAUUUCCAGGCCUGUUCAUCAUUCAGGAGAAACAUCCAACUGCAGUGUUAUCCAGUUAACUCAGAGGUUUCAAGCAGAAAGCAGUAAGCCUCCUAAACAGCUUGGGUGCGGAUCGAGUAGCAGUGUGGCUCUUGGAGGCACUCUGCGAAAAACAGCUCAUGAUAUUUUGGGACACGGCACAAAGCAUUUUUCAAGUGGCCCGUCAGAUCCACACACCAAGAGAAAACAUCUUUCCAAGAACAGUUUCUUUCAGCCUGAUGACCUGCCCAUUGAUCACUUAUCUCCAGAAUACCCUGUACAACAGAAUCUUGGAGAUGAAGAUGAAGAAUCCUGGAUCCCGUGCCUAAAGAACAUGGAGAAAAUUGUUGUGACAGAUGUGACAAGCAAUGCACUGACUGUAACGAUUAAGGAGAGCUCAACAGACCAUGGCUUCUUCAAAGAACAAAGAUGACUUGUGUGUUUCUUGGCCAAAUGAUGUAAAUACCUAUAAAAUAUUAUCUAUCCAGUAACAAUCCAUGUUUCUAUAAUUUCUAGACUAACUGUACAGCACGUCUUUGAAUCAUGUAAAUAUGUAACAGAAAUAGUCUGCAUAUACAUUUUCAUUCAUAUUUUCUAUGAAAAUGAAGUUUAUUUUUUUACUUCCCAAGGUAUCUGUAAUGUCCAGAGAUUAGUUUGUUUGGGUUAGCCUUCGUCAGCUGUAGUGCGAGUGAGCGCACAGUGACGAAUAAACGCAAUGCAGUGACUACGUACGAAACGCGUACUAACGUACUAAAUAGUAAUAGCACCGUGCGGCACGUGCCAACGUGCUUAUUUACUGCUUGGUACGCUAGUAUGUUUUUCGAGAGUAUAUACGCUAGGCCUUUUUCAACGCACGGCACCUUUUAUCCAGGGGGAACCAGUAAGUUCCUUCUGUAUCUCUCAUUUAUUGUAUUGUGUGACUAGUUUGUGUAUAUUUGAAGGUCUAGCAUUGUCGUGUAUCAAAGCACAAAGUAAAUAUGAAUAUAAAUGCUGAUCAAACCA